GUGAUUCGUAUUAUCAGUUCAUAUUACGCCUUGUUAAAGAAGCAAUUAUACUAUUAUAUAUAUAUAUAUUAUACGAAUGCUUUUAAUGUAAUAAUAUCACAUAAAACGGUUUGUAAUGGGAACCAUCAAUUGGGGGGAAUUAUUCCCGGGAAGAUGGAGUCCUAUCAUUUUUAUUUCAUACAUGGCCCUUUUUGUGAAUCAAGGUAUUAUUGUAACUUGGUCUCAAAGAGAUGGUCACUAUGAAUACAAUAUUGUUAUGGUAGUAUUGAUGACAGAAGUAUUAAAAUUAUUAACUUGUACAAUAUUAUAUUGUAAAGACAAUAGUUUUAUAAGUUUAUAUCAAGAAGUAACAGGAAAUAAAAAAGUGUUAUUGCUAUAUAUGAUACCAUCAUUUUUGUAUUGUUUAUACAAUAAUUUGGCAUUUAUCAACUUGUCUGUAUUUGAUCCAACAACAUAUUAUGUUCUGUUGCAAUUUCGUGUUGUUAUGACUGGAAUUAUUUUUCAGGUUGUUUUUAACAAAAAAUUAUCAUUAAAACAGUGGUUAUCAUUAGUAUUAUUAACUAUUGGAUGUAUGGUGAAACAUAUGGACUUGAAAUUUAAUGUUAAUAUAUUUAAUACCAAAUUUAAUUUAAAUAGUAAUAUAAUUUUAGUAUUUAUACAGACAAUUUGCUCCUGUUUAGCUGGAGUUUACAAUGAAUAUUUACUUAAAGAGCAAGGAGCAAAUAUCAAUAUUUUUGUACAAAAUGUAUUUAUGUACAUUGAUAGUAUUUUUUGCAAUCUUAUAGUUUUUAUUUUAUUCUUUAUAUCAGAAAAUAAUAUUUCUGGAAUAUUAAAUAAUGCUGAUUUUACUAUAUUUAUGCAACCAAAAAUCAUUAUAAUAAUGUUAAACAAUACAGCAAUCGGGAUUAUCACAAGUUUUUUUUUGAAAAACUUGAACUCUAUUUUAAAAACUUUUGCCAGUGCAUUAGAACUUAUAUUUACAGCAGUUUUAUGCUGGUUAAUAUUUAAUAUUCCUAUUCAUUUAAAUACAGUACUUUCUAUUGCUACAGUGAGUUAUGCAGUAAUAUUGUACUCACAAAAUCCAGUACAAAAUAUUCGAACCAAAGAGCGAAUGAAGGCUGAUAAUUUAAUUUAAAAGUAAAUUAAAAAAUUUCUCUAACUUUGUGCAUCAAUUUUAUCUGAUGCAAAUCUAUUUAUAUCUUCGUUAUGCAAUGCAUAUUGUAUUGUGUCAUAAUAUAUAUAUAUAAACAUAAAUAAUAAUACAUUUAGAUAGUUAUUAAACAAAGGUAAUUUUAUUAUAGAUUUUUAUAUUAUUUAUUGUAUUGUUUUUUAAAUAUUUAUAUUAUAUAUUAUAUUAGAAAAUGAAAACUUAUUAUUGGAAUCAUUUUGAUUGCAUAAUAAUCUUUAGUAAAAAAUUUUAAUAAAAUAUAGUGAUAUUAUUAAUUAAGGAAUCGAAUUUUAAUUAUAGAAUUAAAAAAAAAUGUGUUAAUGUACAGUAAAUAUUUUUAGUAAAUUAAUUGUAUUAAUAUUAUAUACUGUAAAAAAAAAUAAUGAUUAAAUUAUACUGAAAGUUUUGUAUUGUAUUUUUAUAUGUAUUUAUAUAAUAUAAUUAAAUAAUUGAAAUUAUUUCUUAACAAAUAAUAAUAUAUAUUAAUGUAUAUAUGUAUUUUUAAAUCACUAAUAAGUUGUUUAUCAUUAUUUAUUAAUAUAUAUUCUCAACUUAUUUUGUGUUCAAAAUUAUUGAUUUAUAUUAAAAUUUUAUGCGAAUGUGUAGAAUAAAUAUAUUAUAUUGGAAUAGAUA